AUGACAAGGAGUGGGAAGACUUUGGAUGAUGUUCCUAGAGCCAAUGAGGAUCCUAAGUCCAAUGGGAAGGAUCAAGAGGGAGUCGUUGAGUCUAGCGACAAUGAUGUGGUAGAAGAGGAGCCUCCCAUCGAUGAUGUGGGAGACACUCCUAUACAAAAAGAGGAAACUCUUAUACCUCUCCCCACUCCUAAACUUCCCUAUCCCCAAAGAUUCAUAAGGCACAAGUUAGAUGUGCAAUUCUCAAAAUUUCUUGAGAAUCUUCGAAAAUUGCAUAUCACUCUCCCCUUUACGGAUGCGUUGAAACAAAUGCCUACCUACUCAAGAUUUCUUAAAAAAAUCUUGAGUGGGAAGCGGAAUUGCGGCGUAAAGGAGACGGUGAACCUCACCGAGAAUUGUAGUGCUAUUAUUCUUAACCAAAUGCCACCCAAACUGAAAGACCCGGGGAGUUUUUCUAUCCCUUGUGCUAUUAAGGAGCUUGAAAUAAGCAAGGCCUUGUGUGAUUUGGGUGCUAGCGUUAGUCUAAUGCCUUAUUCGGUGUUCGCCAAGCUUGAAGUUGGUGAUCUUGCCCCAACCAACAUUACAUUGCAACUUGCCGACCGUUCGGUCAAGUACCCUAUUGGCAAGAUUCAGGAUGUACUCUUGAGAGUGGGCGGAUUAGUGAUCCCCGUUGAUUUUGUCGUCUUGGACAUCAAUGAGGAUGCCCAUUGUUAG